AUGAAAGAAAAGACAAGUAACAGCGAAGAAAAUUUGUUAUCAAAAUAUUUUUAUGAUGAAGAAUUGUAUAAUUCUACGAAUGAAGAUGAAAUAGAUAUUAUUACACUUCGUUAUACACUUUUUGAAUGUCGUAAACAACUUCUUAUUGCAAUUAAAACUUUACUAAAUACAGAAUUUGCUUAUGGUAAAGUUGAAUUACGAGAAGAUUAUGAUAAAUUAAAAAUUGAAUGUGAUAUAUUGAAAAGUGAAAAUAAUUUAUUAAAAAAUAAUUUUGAAGAUUUAAUUGAUAAUUGCAAAAUUUUAAUUCGACAAACAACUGAUAUUCUUGUCGAACGAAAUGAUUAUUAUUCUCAAUGGCAAUAUGCUAAAAAUAUUCUUACGCCACGACCAGAUUGGGAUAAAUGUUCUCAUAUUGUAACAUAUUGGCAAAAUCUAUCAAUUGGAAAAACAAGUGAACAAUUAGUUGAUGUUUUAAUUAAUGAAAUUACUCAAGAAAAUACAGAAGAAUAUUUACCUAUGAUUAUAAAUAAUAAAAAUGUAUUUAUCAAAGUUUUAUGA